AGAGGGGCCGAGAGCUGGCGGCGGCGGUGGUCGUGAAGGGCAUCGGCGGCAGCGGUGAUGGCAGAGAUGAUCUGAAGAUGGAAGGAGCCAGGCGCAGGGGAGGCGGCGGCGGCCGUGGCCGCGGAGGCAAGAAUGUAGGGGGCUCUGGCCUAAGCAAGACUAGACUCUAUCCUCAGGCCCAGCACUCUCACUACCCGCACUACGCAGCUUCAGCCACCCCUAAUCAGGCUGGGGGCGCAACUGAAAUCCAAGAACUGGCCUCCAAACGAGUGGACAUCCAGAAAAAGAGGUUUUACCUAGACGUGAAGCAGAGCUCUCGGGGACGGUUCCUAAAGAUAGCUGAAGUCUGGAUAGGGAGAGGCCGGCAGGACAAUAUCAGAAAGAGUAAACUGACCCUCUCCCUGUCUGUGGCAGCGGAGCUGAAGGACUGUCUAGGGGACUUCAUCGAGCACUACGCCCACCUGGGCCUGAAAGGCCACCGGCAAGAGCAUGGCCACAGCAAAGAACAAGGCUCCAGGAGAAGGCAGAAGCACUCGGCACCCUCCCCACCAGUCUCAGUGGGAUCCGAAGAGCAUCCUCACAGCGUCCUCAAAACGGACUAUAUCGAGAGGGACAAUAGGAAAUAUUACCUAGACCUAAAGGAAAAUCAACGGGGUCGCUUCCUAAGAAUUAGACAAACCAUGAUGCGGGGGACUGGAAUGAUAGGUUAUUUUGGCCACACUUUGGGCCAAGAACAGACUAUUGUCCUCCCUGCACAAGGAAUGAUUGAGUUUCGUGAUGCCUUGGUUCAGCUGAUUGAAGACUAUGGUGAAGGAGACAUAGAAGAACGAAGAGGUGGAGAUGAUGACCCACUUGAACUCCCAGAGGGGACUUCUUUCAGAGUGGACAAUAAAAGGUUCUACUUUGAUGUGGGCUCUAAUAAAUAUGGAAUUUUCCUGAAGGUAAGUGAGGUGAGGCCGCCUUACCGUAAUACUAUUACUGUUCCAUUCAAAGCUUGGACAAGGUUUGGGGAGAAUUUUAUCAAGUAUGAAGAAGAGAUGAGGAAAAUUUGCAACAGCCAUAAAGAAAAGAGAAUGGAUGGCAGAAGGGCCAGUGGUGAAGAACAAGAAUGCCUCGACUAGAGUGAAAUUGAACUCCAUCAGGCAAAAUUUAAAAUCAUAAAUUGGCUAAAAGUACUGAUCCAUAAUCAUUUGAAGAAGUUUUUUCUUUUUUCUUUUUUGGCCCUUUGUUAUUAGUAAUACCUGUAGUAGUUUAUACUUCAAGAAGUCUGAUUCUCAUGUUCUGUUAUACUUAGAUCACUAUAAUUCUUAUGGGAAUUCUAACUUUCCCAGUUUAGCUGUUUCAACUGCUCCAGACUAUUGAAGUAUGCAAAUCAGCACAAAAUAUGACAUUUUGACCUUCUAAAUACUAUAACUAAAAUUUACAUUGCACUAUGACAUAGUCCUGAAAAAAGAUACACAUAUUUAAUAUGAGAGUAUGAAUUUUUAUUUAACAAAUGUCCAAAAAAGUAUUUCAUCCCUACUUCAUGAAAAGCUGCUAAGCCUACCUGUAGGACAGUUACCACAGAAACAGAAAUUGACCUCAGAUAUAAUAUAAAUAUUAUAAAAGUACAAGCAGAAAUAUGUUGCCCAUUGCAUAAAUAAAUAUGAAACAGUAAGGGUCAAAAGAUAAAAUCUCUUUAGAUAAUUAAAUUUUAAAGAUACAUGAUCAUAAUAUUUCUUAAUGUAGUAUUCAAAUUUUGUGGUAACCCUACAGUUUAUAGUUGCCAUAUCAAAGCCAUGAGAGUUUUAAUUGGUUAUUUUAAGCUAGUUACAAUCCUGUCUUCAGUUCAAUUUAUUGUACCAUGUAUUUUUGUUGACUUUUCAAAGCGUUAGGAAUUACUUUUGUGUCACUUUUGAGUGGGAGGCUUUAUCCAGUGGCUUUGCUAUGGAAAUCUUGGUGUUUUAGCAUUUCAUGCUAAUUUGAAGAUUGUGAUAGAUUUUUUCCCUAAAAUAUAAAAUGGACUUAAGGUGUUAUAUUUUAUGUUUCUUCUUUAACACAAUUUCAGAGGGGUUGGUGCACCAAUUAACUGGUAUAAAAAUACAUCUGUAAUGUUAUAUUUUAGUAGCACUUUUGCAAUUGGUACCCAUAAAACGACAUCAGACUUCCAAUAUAAACCUGACUUUUACAGGUAUUUUAAUUCUAGAAUGAAAAAAAAAGCAUUUUUCCUAAAAGCAUUUCAAAUACAAAUUUUCAGUCUGGGAAAAACAUUUGAAGAUAGGAUUGGUUGUAAGCAUAUUCAAAAGGAAAAUUCAGGCAUUUUCCAAGGUGCUCUUUAUGAUACUUAAAAAAGUUUCCUUUACACAAGACUUAUCCAUUUACCUGUAUUUAAAAAAUUACUUUCCAGAAAGUGCCACAUCAAUUUUUCAACACCUAAGCAAUUUUUUAAGCAAGUGCAUAUAGUGUACAUGUGUACCAACCCACACUGUAUUAACUGACUGAAAUUUCAUUUGUUAAGCUAUAUUUUAUUCUGAAUGAAAUGAUUGUCUUUUAUCUUGGCUUUAUUCACCUCCAUACAUUAAGACCAUAUAAUCAUGUUUAAGAUCCAGCACACUGGUUUCAACCCCCAAAUAUAGCUCAUUGAUGAGAGCUGGCUGCAUGGAUUGAGAUCAGAAUGUAGCUCUUCGAUUUUUUAAAUAUUAUUUAAAUUUUUUCCUUCAGAAACUUGCCCCCAACUAGUGUCCCUAAGAAAACUUUGUUAUGAAAUAAGAAAAUUAAUUUCAUUGAUUUAUGUUGUUUAAGAACAGGUGAUCAGUAAUCCCGAUACAUAUACUGGUGUUGGUUUGCAGAUUAUAUUUCAUGUUUCCUCAAGUAGUAUGAAGGAAUCUCAGUUCAUUAUAAUAUAGACCAUCUGGAUCACUAUGGAACAACUGAAGGUUAGAAGAUAAUAUUAGUACUAGCGUUAAUAGCACAUGGUGGGUGUUGAGACUAUAAAAGUAGCAAAGAUUUUUUAACAGUCCUAACUGUAAAAUAACAAUGAUGUAGGCUUGCUAAAAAGUAGUUUUUGGUAUAUGAAGGAGUGAUGUGCACUUGAAUUACUGUACUACUGAUUGUUAUUGCUGCCCAUCAUAGUGCCUAUUAAUAAUCAACCUGUCAGACUUUGGCAAACUGGAGCUGUGAAUAUUCCAGUGUUCAAUUGUUCCUAUCACUAUUGCUAUACUCUCUCUUAAAACCUUCCUUUUUAAAAUAUUUAUAUCCAUUAGGAUUAUAUGAUUUCUUUUUUGUUUUUAGUCUGAUUAAGAUUUGAGUGUGCAUAUAUAUAUAUAUAUAUAUAUAUACACACACACAAUAUUACAUCAGACUUAAAGGUAACUAUCUUCAAUUCAUUGUAUAUAAUAUUAUUAGUUUAAUUUUGCAUUAAGUAAAGAAUUAAUUAAGCAGCCAAAUUUUUACCUUGUACGUAUACUUCAAAGUUUUUACCAUCUCAAAGAUACAGAUUGGAUAGAUGCAUAUAUACCAGAAAAUGAAUAUACUCUAAAAUUAAGGCUCCUACCAGUCCUUUUGUUUUACCUUUUCAUAGUUAAUGUAUUCAUUAAAAAUAAGAUGAUACUAUGAUUUUUGAUACUUAAAAUUUCCUAGAAUUCAUUAGCCAUAAGUAAGUAUGAUCCAGUUCAAAGCUCUGGUAUUAGAACAUGUAUUGCCAUGUAUCUUAUGAAAUAAGCUACUAUUCUUAUCUGUGCAAUAUACAUUUUAUUUAUCAUCACUUGUAACAUAAAUGAAGCUGCAAGUGUACAUGGUAUUCUUCAAAAUAACAGGAUCUUUGCCUGGAAGAAAUUAAUCUCUUAAGGCAACUGGAUGUUGGAGGUAAAAAAUGAGCAUUGAAGUUAGUAACCAAAAUUACUAGUUCACUGUAUAAGGCUAAAACUGAUGAUGUUUGCACAUAAUAAUCCAAGCAUAAUGUGGUACAGUCUCAAACUGUAAUAAUAUAAGCUAAUAGUAUGAAAUUUGGAAACGGGUUCCUUGUAAUAGUUGGCAGUAUGCUCCUAGCAAUUAAAAGCAGCACUAAUCUGUUGCUUAUAUGCAAAAGAUGCAAUGUACUAUAAAGGUAUUAAAGUUCUGCCACAUUUUAUAAUUUUCCUUUUUAAAGCCCCAAACUGCCAUGUCCCUUAAACUUGAGUCAAACACAAGCUUAUUUGCACUAAAGAGCAUGGCCAAAAAAAAAUAAAUGACAGGGUGGAAAAGCUAGUUGGAACCUCUUGGAAUAAUUGGUUCUAAUGGGAGAAUUUCACAUUUGUCUAUUUGAAAGCUAUAUGGUCCAGGCAGACAAUCUGUCAGUUCACUAAUUUAAUAAUGCACUUUACCUUUUGUAUAUAGAAGAUGUAUAUUUAUGUCCCUUGACAGGUGGGAUGUGUUUCAAUAACUAUGUAGUUAGAAUCUGUAGGGUAAUCUCUUGCAUGCAUAUGUUUGUGUUGGCACUGUUGUUGGUAACAGCUUUCCAUUAAAUCAGUGUAGUGGAGAAGGGUAGAAGAUGCAUUUGAAACAAAUCCCAAUGCAUUUAACAAAGAAUUUUAGAGUUCAUAUUUUUAUUCAAGGGAUUAGAAUAAAUUUUUAAAACUUUCUAAUCCAGAUGAGUAUUGCAUUUGAGACUAUAUCUACUUGAUGCUCUUCAUAAUACUCUGAAAGUUAGUUUUGGGAAUUUGUCCAGAUAAAAUAAUUUUUAAUGAGUCUAUUUCAAUGUUGAUAUAUGUUUAAGUAACUAACAAAAAGGAUAGUACAUGAUGUACUAGAAUUAAAAGUAUGGUUGUUUCAUAUUUUUUAAAUACCCAGAUUAAAGAAAUAAAAUUUCAAGUUAAGGAAAUGAAAUGAGCCUACUAAGUUGCUAAAUAAAUAAAUAAAAUAUUUCAAAAUUUACAUAAGUACCAACUAAAAAGGGCAUUGGGGGAUUUAAUGUAUCCUUCCAUCCUAAAAUAUUCCUGAGAUGUACAUUUUAAAAUUACAUAAUUGUGUUGAAUAAUAGGUUGUAUGUACUUUACUGAGAAACACUGUGUACUAAUUCAUUGAGAGUGUGCUAUAUUUACUGCAUUCAUUUUAUAUCUAUAGAUAAGAAUACAUUAUAUAUAGUCAUACUAUCUUAAUACAAUCAUGUAUUUAUAUUGUAAUUUUGCAGAUAUUUUCAGUAAAAUAAACAUUUAUCUAAGCUGCACAAUUUGAAGAGGAUGAAAUUAGAAUACACCCUUAGAUAUUCAUUUUCAUAAGCAGCUACCAUUGAAAGCUGAUGUAUGUACUGUCAUUUCUUUAAGUUUUGUUUUACAAUUAUUUUGAUAUUUAAAUGAAUAAGACUUAAUUUGAAUUUUUAAGUUUUCUGAAAAUAAUUUAUUCAUGUGUGAGAUUUUUUUCCUGGUUAUUUCCAAAUGUCUUUAAUUAAAACUAGUUUGAAAUCCUA